AUGGUGGCCCGUAGACUGCCAACAUCCAGCAAUGUCCGAUGGAACUUUCACAGCCGAGCCAUCAACACUGUGUUUGAGCAGAGAGAUGAUCUCAUUCAAUGUUUUGAGAACAUACGAGAUUCGGGUGACUUUGACUCCAACACCAUCAGAGAGGCAGGAGCCAUGGCCAUGCUGCUGGAACAUCAGGACUUUAAGUUCUUCCUGGAACUUUUUCACCACAUCAUGCCACUUGUGGACCUCCUCUAUGCCAAGCUCCAGAAGAAGAACAUAGAUGCAGUCCACAUCAAAAGGAGCAUCCAGCAGUUUGAACAGGACAUACAAAACAUCAGAAAUUCUCUCCAUUCCAUGAGUGAGCAAAGCAGUGACUCUCUGACAGCAAAACGGCGUCGGGUACUCAGUUCCGAGGAUCGUCAGAGUGCUGCAGAAGAGAUCUGCAACACCAUUCUGAGACACACCAGGGAGCGCUUCAACUUCACCGACCAUCUUGUCUGUGCCACCUUGUUGCAGGGGGACAGGUUUGAGGAACAUCACGGGUCAUUUCCCGAAGAGGUGCUGCAAAGCACUUUGAAGGCCUACCCAAUGCUGAAUGGAAGCAAGCUCAAGACAGAGCUCAGUCUCAUCUACAGCAAAGCAGAGUUCAGAGCCUGUUGUGGUGCAGUGGACCUGUUCCAGCUGUUCAUGGAGAACAAUCUUCAAGAUGUUUUUUCAGAAACGGUCACUCUUUUAAGGAUCCUUAUUACCACACCGAUGACCACAGCUGGAGCAGAGAGAAUGCAGGUGGUGCAACUUUCUGUCCUCUUCCUCGUGCAGACUCACUUCUGCUGGGGUCAGUACACAAUGGUCACUCCGUCCCAGGUCGUCAUGGCGCCCGUGGGCAGUGACAUCACCCUGCCCUGUCAGGUGGAGCCUGCUGCAGACCUCAGGGAGCAGGUGGUGGAGUGGGCGAGACUGGACCUGACUCCCCCAUACGUCCACAUCAGACGUGACGGUCUGGACCUCCUCAUGAACCAAAACCCACUGUAUCUGGCCCGCACGGCUCUGUCCGAGAGCCGGCUGCAGAAGGGAGACCUCUCCCUGAGCCUGUCCCGAGUGAAGCUCAGUGAUGAGGGGACGUACCGCUGUUGCAUGCCCCGGACCAACACUGAGGCUCAGGUCACUCUGCGGGUCGCGGUGAAGCGCCAGGGGAAUCCCCAGCAUGAGGGCCGUACUUUGCGGCUCGUACCAGACACUCCACCUGAAGUCCGGGCUGCUGGACGGGCAUUCAACACGGUCUGUGCGGAGCUUAUUAAAAGGGACAUCAGGUUUAGAAUGGCCUAUCCAGCAAUCCUGUCCUUCAAGGCAAACGGCGGGCAAAAGCCUUUCAAAGAUCCCAACAAGGCUGAAGCAUUCCUCUCAUCCCUCACGUGA